UCUCCUUUCGCAGCGGAGGCGAGUCACACUCUGUGCCUCUGGCUGUUUUUCGAAAUCUUUGCUGGGCAGCUCCAUGCUGCAAAGAGAGAGAAUCUGAGCAGGCUGGCCUCGCCAGCACUUUUUCCAGGCCCUGUAAGAAGCAGAGAAGGAACUGAUUUAUCCCAGGGAGGAAGUGGAGCGCAGAACUGCCGGAGAACCGAUUAGGUUGGCUCUGCUGAACAUCUGGGCGCACAUCUGCUCCAGCCCCGGAGUGCUUUCCGGUUGCUGGGCUCGCAGACUUCACGAUGGAGCUCAAUGGCACUGCCUUAGCCCGGAAUGGUUUACAAGAUGACAACGACCUCAAUUUCCUCCUGAGGGGGAGCAACCUGCUGAAAGUCAAGUCCAACUCCUGGAGGCGAGAGCGAUUCUACAAGCUUCAGGAAGAUUGCAAGACCAUCUGGCAGGAGUCCAAGAAGAUGCUGAGAUCCCCGGAGUCACAGCUCUUCUCCAUAGAAGACAUUCAGGAUGUGAGGGCAGGCCACAAGACGGAAGGGAUGGAAAAAUAUGCCAAGGAUGUCCCUGAAUAUCGCUGCUUUUCCAUCAUCUUCAAAGACCAGAGGAAAAACCUGGACCUCAUUGCUAGCUCCGAGGUGGACGCCAACCACUGGGUUGUGGGCCUGGGGAAGAUCAUCGCAAAGACCAACUCCAUGAGUCAGAGACAGAAACUACAACACUGGAUUCACGCGUGUUUGCGGAAGGCGGACAAGAACAAAGACAACAAGAUGACCUUCAAAGAGCUCAAGAACUUUUUGAAAGAAGUCAACAUUCAAGUAGAUGACAACUAUGCGCGGCAGAUCUUUGAGCGAUGUGACACAUCUCAGACAGACACCUUGGAAGACGACGAAAUUGAAGUCUUCUAUAAGUUACUGACUGAGCGGGAAGAGAUCGGCGGCAUCUUCUCGCGAUAUUCUGACACCGAACAGAUCAUGUCGCUAGACAACCUGGUGAGAUUCCUCCAAGAAGAACAACAUGAGGAGGACGCAGGACUGGAGAUGGCCCGCUCUCUGAUUGAGAGAUACGAACCCAACGAAACUAUCAAACAAGAGCAGGCCAUGACUAAAGACGGCUUCCUGAUGUAUUUGCUGUCCGAUGACGGGAACAUCUUCAAUAAGGUGCAUCGCCAGGUGUACCAGGACAUGACCAAACCCCUCAACCACUAUUUUGUGUCAUCUUCACACAACACCUACCUCAUGGAAGAUCAGCUGAGGGGGCCCAGCAGUACGGAGGCUUACAUCAGAGCCCUGACGAAAGGAUGCCGCUGUGUUGAACUGGAUUGCUGGGACGGCCCUAAUUCGGAGCCGGUUAUUUAUCACGGCUACACCUUGACCUCUAAAAUCCUUUUCUGUGACGUCAUCAAAGCUAUCAAGAACUAUGCUUUCAAGACCUCUCCUUAUCCCGUCAUCCUCUCCCUGGAGAAUCACUGCAGCCUCGAGCAGCAGAAGAUGAUAGCGCAACACAUGCAGACCAUCUUGCAAGGCAUGCUCCUCACGGCCCCCGUGAACUCCAACAAGUGCUUGCCUUCGCCAGAGCAAUUGAAGGGGAAAAUUCUCGUGAAAGGGAAAAGGCUGAGCUUGGAGGCGGAAGACGUCUCUGAUGAGGAUGAAGCGGCUGAAAUGGAAGACGAAUCCGUGAAGAUCGAGGUGGAGAGCAAAAAGUCGAGUGACAAGCUGAAACUGGCCAAGGAGCUGUCAGACACCGUCAUCUACUGCAAAAGUGUCCACUUCGAGGGUUUCGAUGACUUAAAUCCCCGGCCUUUCAACGAGAUGUCCUCCUUCACUGAAGGCAAAGCUCUGAAGCUGGCCCAGGAGUCUGGGACCAGCUUCAUCCAUCACAACAUCAAGCAGCUAAGCCGGAUCUACCCAGCAGGGUGGAGGACGGAUUCAUCCAACUACAAUCCGGUUGACAUGUGGAACGUGGGUUGCCAGAUAGUGGCCUUGAAUUUUCAGACCAAGGGUGCAGAAAUGGACGUCUACCAGGGCCUGUUUCAAGACAACGGCUUUUGUGGGUACGUCCUUAAACCGGACUUUCUUCAAGACCUGAAAUCCAAAUUCAGUCCCAAAUCCAUCACAGAAGGGCCGUGGCGGACGCGGAAGAAAUUUCGAGUUAAGGUAAUCUCCGGUCAGCAGCUGCCCAAGGUGAACAAAGGCAAAAACUCCAUUGUUGAUCCAAGGGUGAUUGUUGAAAUCUAUGGUGUCCAGCGGGACAACGACAAGAAACAGACCAGAGUUAUCGACAACAAUGGUUUUAACCCAAACUGGAACGAAACCUUUGAAUUCCAAAUCGACGUUCCCAGCUGCGCUCUGGUUCGUUUCAUGGUGGAAGAUUUUGACACGUCCACCAAAAACGAUUUCAUUGGGCAGUUCACAGCCCCCUUCACGAGUCUGAAGCAAGGCUACCGACACAUAUCUAUCUCCGGCCCGAAGAGCGGGAGCCGGUAUCACCGAUCCGCCACACUGUUUGUGCAUAUCAGUAUUCGGGACGUUUAGUGGAAAUGCGGCCAUCUUCUCCGGCCGCUCCAGGAAUCUCUCUGUCUUCGUGUUCCAAAGGAACUUGGACUCCUAGGCUGGAAGGAAAGACUCUGAACUCCACCCUACUUUCCAGCCUCUGCAGGAUCCUUAAAGACCCAAGAUGUGACCGAAGCAGUUCAAUCCACCCGCUUAAAUGUACAAACAGAACUUGGUGCAUUUAGGUCUGACAAUCACUGCACAAAACUUAUUUAAAGGGGGUUGCGUUUUUCCAGAUCGUGUGAGGGCCGGGGGGGGGGGGGGGGGGGGGUGCUACGAUCUCUCAAGGGACUCAGGUGCACUAAAGAGUUAAAACGUUGAAAAGGCACCACUUUUCAGAAACAUGCUCAAGGGGAGUAUAGCUAGACUGUAGUGAUGGGGCGCAGAAUUUCCUGGAUUACAUUUGAGGUUUGAACUCUCAGAUCUUAUCCACCAGUUUAUGUUCUCCGUUGUAUAGCUGAUGAAGACCUGCCUGUUUGGGGCUUUUUGUCUGGUAAUACAUGUCCGUACUAAAAAAAAAUGUAUAGAUGGAAGAAAGGAAGGGGCGGGGCAGUCUUAUAGUCACACCCCUAUUUUCGUACUCCUUGAACCAUUUCCAUUUCAUUUUAAAGAGGUACACAAAUGGGAAGGCCUUUUUCCCAUUUCUGCCCAUAUAGAUUUAUCCUAUUUAUCCUAACUUUCUAAAAUCCCCAAUUUGUAAAAUUGCUGUAACAUUCCAAUUUUUGAAGCGAUACAAUUUUUCUUAGUGAAUGACCUACUUAACACCUUUUAGGCAUGCUUUGUGUUUGAAAUUUUCCAUGAAAAAACGAGAACUAGAAACUUUCAGAGAAAUGGCAAAACCGCCCGACUGGAGCCUGGGUAUUAGACUGCUAUUGCAUUGUAUAAAAUUUUAAGUGAAGGAA